GUUGCCGGCAGAACCCCGGAAAAAGCUGUUUACCCAUAUCGUCACCACAGCGACUCGCGAAGUCAAUUGGGGUGCUGCACACUCCAGAGAAGUUUGUGAGUAAACGAGCUGGGCAUUUGAAGGGCACUGAGCACUGAUAUCAUCUCUUUGGGUUCUACCAAGCGGUGGUCGUUCAGUACAGGUCACCGUCACUCACGUCUUGGCAUGGAUUCUGCAAGGCGCUGGGACCACGAGUUUGUGGACUACAUAAACAAUCGACUUUUGUAUACGUCUUGAACUCUUUGGCAACCUCACUCUCAUUGCCCCUGACAAGAAGAUUUGAUACAUUAUCACAAAUCCUUCCUCAUCCUCUUCUCCUCCUGCUGCAAAGCAGCAAAACAACCACAACAACCACAACAACCACAAAAUACCGGCACCACCACCGGCACCAAGACCAUUCGCCAUGGAGCGACCUUUCUCCACCGUCAACGCACACGGGCCUAUCGAGCCGCCUCCUCACCCUCCUCUACCACCAUCAGGUGGGCUUCGUUCGCUGCUGCCGCCGCCACCGCCGCCACCACCCGGUCCUGGUCCUCCUGGUCCGCCAGCAGACCCCGUGUUCACGUACGAGCAGUUAUACGUCCUGUCUGGCGCUGAGCUGGCGAGAUUUCUCAACGGCCUAUCCCAGGCCCACUUCGAGUUCUGGCUGGAUCACCACGGACGAUGAGGAUGACGAUACGUCCGGCGGUGGGCCUUUUCGUUGGUGUCUUGGCUUGGUGUUCUCUUCGGUCUAGUUUCAGGUUGGAUUGUG